CCCAAAAUGAGCGUGUCCAAAGCCGCCGCCGCCGUCGUCCUGGAUCGGUCCGCGUUCUUGCAGACUCUACAGGUCAUGGGCGUCGCCGCCGAAGGCAAACAGAUCGGGCACAUCAUCAAGACCUUCUCACAGCAUUUGCUCAAUCGUCCCAAGCUUCGCAACGUUGUCCCGAACCCACAAACGGAAGUGUCGUCCAAGUUGGUGCUCCUCAAUGAAAAGUUCCAAGGCGACGAGCUCACAGGAUGCCCACAAGAACUCCACGACUACAUCCGCAACGAGAAGCUUCGCGUCCAGCCGCACGAGAUCUCGUUGGACUACUCGUUCUGGUCCGUGGAGCACGUCCUCCGCCGCCUGUUGCCUGAAUCGAUCACAGAGAUUCCCGCCUCCUUCGAAACGAUCGGCCACAUUGCGCAUCUCAACCUGCGCGACUUUCAUCUUCCGUACAAACACGUUAUCGGCCAAGUGAUCUUGGACAAGAACACGCCGCGCAUCAAGACGGUCGUAAACAAAACGGACGUGAUCGACAGCGUGUUCCGCACGUUCCCCAUGGAAGUGUUGGCGGGCGAAGACAACAUGGAGGUGGUGCUCCACGAAAGCGACUGCAACUUCCACUUUAACUUUGCGCAAGUGUACUGGAACUCGCGUCUGCAGCAGGAACACUUGCGUCUUGUGCGGUCGCUCCAGCCGACGGACGUGGUGUGUGACAUGAUGUGCGGCAUCGGGCCAUUCGCGAUCCCGCUCGGGAAACGGGGGUGCGUCGUUUACGCUAACGACUUGAACCCCAAGAGCUUCGAGUACCUGAACGUGAAUCGAAAGAAGAACAAGGUCGAAGGGAAAGUGCACAGUUUCAACAUGGACGGCCGCGCCUUCCUUGCGCACUUGCUGUCGUCCAAGAUCCAAUUUACUCAAGUCAUCAUGAACUUGCCUGCGAUCGCGCUCGAGUUCCUGGAUGCAUUUCCCGGUCAAUUUGAUGAGUGGGAAGGAGAGUUACCGACGAUCCACACAUACUGUUUCACGACCAACAUGGACGCACCGGAGAAAGACGUGCAAGAGGUACGACACGAUGAAAACGAUCGAUCGAUUGUUGACAGACGAGGAUUUGUAGCGCACGGAGACCAUCCUUGGUGCCAAGCUUGAGGAGUUUAGCGUGCAUCACGUCCGCGACGUCGCGCCGAAGAAGCUCAUGAUGUGCAUAUCGUUCAAACUGCCUGCUGCCGCCGCAUAUUCCGCCGACAAGUUGAACGCCUUGCACGCGAAGAAAGCGCGAGUGGCGGAAUAAACGUUAAAUAGAGUUGCAUCGAAAAUAGU